AUGGUUGCUGCCAUGGUCAGUAAGUGGACUGGCGAUCGCCUGACAAAUGGUAGCAUCUACGAAGAGCACAUACGUCUCAACAACUAUCCUUACCUAAGCAGCCACGAUGAACUUAUGCACACCUCAAUUGCUGCCGACGUCAUGAGACCGAGGUUUGUCUCAUCAAUAGUUAGCGCAGCGGCUAUUCGUAAAAUAGCUUGCAACUAG